GUGACAGGUGCCUGACAGUUGAAGAUGUCUUUGUGACCAUUUUCAAAUAAAUAUCCUGUAUUAUUGUGUGCAGAUAUGAAAGAACAAUACCAUUGUAAAUAGUUUGUGUAUAAUUGUAAUUUGCAAGAUGUAACUGCUCCAAUGCAUACAUCAGUUCUUUUAUGUAUGAUUUUAUGACUUGCUUUUUAAAAUUUUUCAUAGAUAAAUUGCUUGGAAACUAUUAAGUAAACACAUCUUGUCAUUAUUUAUCAUGAAGCAUCGCAAUAAAAUAGUGGAUAGUAUAACAUAAUACAGAAAGAGAAACUUUAGUUCCUAUUAAGGAGUAACAAUGAACAGAGAGGAACUUUCCUUGAGAUCCGUGCUCUGGUUUGAAAAUGCAGAUGUCCUCAAUACUUUUACAAAAAUGUGGUACCAUGUCUUCCUAUGGGCCUUGUUCUCGUCCAUUUUCGUGCAUACAAUCGCAGGAGUGAUAGCUUUCCUUACUUUAAGAAAACACAAAUUUGGAAAAUUCUUCCCAAUAGCAAUAUUAGUAAUGGGUGUCAUUACUCCGGCAGUCACUGGUAUAGUCAGUAGUGCAGCAAUAGCGUUUGUAUAUAGAGCUUCAAGUUUUCCUAUGAAUCCUCUCUAUGCUCUUUUUUGGGGUUGUGGACAGACUAUUCUUACAGGAUGUAUCGGAUUUACAAGAAUCUUAGCCACUCUAUAAUCAAAGAUAUCCUUUUGAUUAUUUCUGUCAAUAAAUGUGAUGGUGCUAAAAGCAUAUUGUAUAAAGAUUAGAUAACAUAGUUGUGUAAAAUUGAUAUCAUUUCACUUGUAUGUAAUUAAUGAUAUGCAUUUAUUUUCAUGUAUGUAUUUAUAUCGAAACUAAAUACACCUUAGUUUAGAGCUAUUUUAUAUAUACAUGGCACUGUAUAAAUAGUUAAUAAAAUCUAUGUGUAUUUGAAAAAAAUGUCCAUUGGCCAGCCUAGAUUUUUAUUGUCAAUUAUACAUAUUUAGUGAUGUGUAGAGACUUAGACCCUUUUUUUUACUGUACAUACCAAAUAUAAAUGAAAAUUUAA